CUGAGGCAACACCUAUUGUCUGACUGACCGUUCAUCCCCGCGCGCGCUCCGGGUGAACACUGUCGCCUUCAGUGCUCGUCUCGCAAACCCCUCCCUUGCCAGCUUGAGCUCAGUCACACUCCUUUCACGUUCAAUACCGAGGAGCAACAAGCAAUUGUAAAAAUGUGAAUUUCAACAGCGCUAUUCCAACAUUUUUGACGAGGAUAGGAAACUACUGGAGAAGGAAGAUUGCGUUGGAACGAUCCGUUUAGAAUGUUAAAGUCGGAAAUUGAGAGACUGACGGUUGUUUUUAUUGCAGGUGAGAAUGGAAACAUAUGUCGCCUGUUGCUCCGCAUCUCCGCUACACGCGCAGCACACACACAUACGUGUGAUUACAGCAUGAGUCCAACUGGUGACAGGCCCUGUUAGGCCUGAACAGACGGUGUGUGUUAGUGGAGGCUCAUCAGUCUCCAGUAUGGAGUGUUUGGUAUGAGCCGUGGCCUGUCUGUUACUUCUUGGGUCGGUCCAGUGGUGUGGUGUCCCUGUCUCUUGGCGGGAUGCUGAGGGCUGGUGGUCCCCACCAGUAUGACUCCCCUGGACAUGUGGCUGUCCCGCUCCAUCCCCAUGUGCCUGCUCCUCCAGAGCUUGGUCCUCAUGGCCCUGUGCUUCCCCUCCGCCUCCAUGUGUCCCAAGGGAUGCGUCUGCCAGCGGGCCCGACCCGACCCUGGCCUCCACCUCGGCCCGGGGCCCCUGGGGCUGCUCCUUGGCCUCAACGUCACCUGCACCGGGUCCCGGCUCAAAGAGAUCCCCCCGGACCUGCCUCCAGACACCGCCGUGCUCCGCCUCGACCACAACCAGAUCAUGGCCGUCCCCGACCACGCCUUCCGGGGCCUAAGGCUGCUGCGGGAGCUCAAUCUGUCCCACAACGCUGUGGAGACGCUGGGGGAGGGCGCCUUCAGUGGCGUGGAGGCCACACUGCAGGUCCUCGACCUCUCACACAACCGCAUCACUAGUGUGCACAAGGAUGCGUUCGCCAGGCUCAAAGCACGUGUCCUGGUGGACGACAACCCCUGGCACUGUGACUGCACGCUGCAGCAGGCACUGGGCGGCAUGGCCCACAACCACGAGGCGGCUGCACGCGUCCUCUGCCGGAGCUCCGAGCUCCAGGAGCAGGAGGGACGCCAUUUCCUGGCGGUGGACACAGACCUGUGUAACCUGGCCAAGAGGACCACAGACUACGCCAUGCUGGUGACGAUGUUCGGCUGGUUUGCCAUGGUCAUCUCCUAUGUGGUGUAUUACGUACGGCAGAACCAGGAGGAUGCCCGGCGACACCUGGAGUACCUCAAGUCGCUCCCCAGCAAGCCUGUGAAGCCCAACGAGGUGGAGGACAUCAGUACUGUGGUGUAACAUAAUAUCAUCACUACUGGACACUAUAGGACAUCAGUAGUCCGGUGUGACAUCCCUAUAGUGAGAACUGACUGUAUACCAUAGAAUUAGAUUGUCUAAUUAGUUCUAGAAUUAGAAUGACUAAUUGGUUCUAAUUCUAUGCAUGAACAGCAGAAGUUCCGACCUAAACCCGGAGAUAGGACCCAUAUUUCUAGUGUUUACAACUAUUUCCAAAUUUCAAGAUGGAUGUAACGUCUUCUGUUGUGAAAAUGUUUUUAUUUUGUCCUACCUGUGGUGUACUUUUAAAAAAUCAUGAUAGAUUAAACCUGGAUCCUUGUAUUUGAAGCUUCACACUCAAUAUGUGUAAAUUAGAAAAGUAAACAUUGAGAAAACCCCAUUUUUAAAAGAGGAGAAAUGCUUUAAAUGUUAGCGUUUGUCUGUAGGUAUCAAUCUAAAGUCAAGCAUUUUGGAAUGCACAGCGUACAUGUCAGAAUAUAGACGGCAGUUAAUUCAUAUCAGAGUAACAGAAAGGUAUAGACUAUGGGUGUAACACAGAUGGCUUCAUUGAGAUCUGUUCUGAGAUCUGUUCUGACAUCUGUUCUGAGAUCGUUUCAAAAAAAUCUGAAUCUCAGGUUAAAAUUUUGAUAGGUUGAUAAAUCUUUUUUUAGAGCAAAAUCUGGAGAAAUGGUUUGUUGGACUAAACUUUUGUAAGGUAAUCUGAAGAGUGUUCUGUGUUUGUGCAUCCAACUGCAUACUUGGUUUAAUUUGAUUUGAACAAAUAACGGGCCCCAAACAUCAAUCAUGAAAAUGACCUUCAAUUUUCAUAUGUGAAAUAAUGGAAUCAAUGAUUUGUUAAAAUGACCACGACAUCACACUGUUGAAAGACUACUGAUGUGCUGUAAAAAUACUACACAUUUCUUCCUUCGCUUUGUCAGGUCCCUGUACUGUAUGUUGUUGUUGUCUUGAAACGACAAACUUGAUACAUUGCAUCUUAGUAGAUUUGUGAUGGUCAGAUAACGUAACACAAUGUUUUUUGGGGUAGAUAUCAAAUGACCCACAAGAGACUCGGUAGAUUCAAGUGAUUUGUAUGUGUGUCAUGUGAUUUACUAGUACACUAGUAGUGUCCAAGUUCUCAUGUCCUGAGUCCGAACAAGCUUUUUGUGUUACAUGUUAACACAACAACACCCCAAAACAAUACUGUGCAUUUGGUUUUUCUAUAAAAAAACAAACAUUUGCUAUGAUUUUUUAUGACUCAGUCUAUGCUUCCUGAAAUAGAAUACAUAUUCAUAUUCAGAGGAAUGUAUCUCACACAAAGCUUCCUCUCUCAGCCAAAAUGAAGAUAUAGUUGGUGUCCCAAAUGCCAACCUAUUCCUUACAUAGUGCAUAAAGCACUAUGGACCCUGGUGGAAGUAAUGCACUAUGUCGGGAAUAGGGUACAGAUUGCGAUGCACCCUCAGCGUCACAAACCUGGCGAUGGGAAGACUAAUAAUUUCAACACAAACAUCCCCUUUCUAUUCAACCUCAUGCUGCGUUCAGAAUGCAGAUAGAUGCAUGCAUCAUUUAUCUUGCCUUUAGAAACACUGUGUGUACAGUUAUACCCCCAGCAAAGUGAGAAGAGCAAAUUGCAGCUGUCAUUCAUUAAAAUGGAUUUCACUUCCAUCACAGUGACAAGGGUUCACUAAAACAUCCCAGAGAGAGAGAGAGAUGGAGAGAGAGGGGAGGGGGAGGGCAGGUCAGAGAGGGAGAGAGAGGGAGCGAAAGCGAGAGAUAAAGAGAGAGAAGAGAUAAGUGAGGGAAGGAGCGAUAUGUGUAGGAAAGUGAGAGAAUGAGAAAAGUAAAAGAUUCUUUCCAUAUUCAAUGCGGAUAAAAAAUUAUGUAUUUUGAAAAGGAAUGUUUACAAAGUUGAGUUUUUUCCCCCAGAGCUGCAAGGUGGUCAGUUCAUUUGGGAGGAUUUGAUGAUACAAUGAGCACAGGUAGUUAUAACAGGCUGUUAUAACAGUAGUUACAACAGGUUGUUACAACAGGUAGAUAGACACACAAGUAGGCCUAGUCACAUCAAACUAAAUGCAAAUAGGUACAUUGUUGUUGUGUGUGAGAAGGAACUUGAAAUCCCUUUAAAUCGUUGUAUUUGAAUGUUGUGCUACUGUACAGCAUUUUGCACUGUCUUGUCCUGUAGAGCGGAGGCUAUGAGUUCAUGCCUCAUGGAUUUGUAAUGGGUUUAGGAGACUUUUUCUUUCAAUACAUGUACCGUACUGCAAAUGAAGAAAGCACAGUGUAGCCAAGCCAAGGAGUCUGGAAGAAUAUUUAAGUGCCUGAAAUUCUUAUCUCACAUUUUCUGUUUCUCAUUUUAACCAAAUUAUUUCACAUUCAGAGUCGGUUUCUGGACAUGAAAGAAGAAAGCAGAGCGUUUCACAGACAAAGGUGUAUGUGUUUUGGAAUCCUUUCAUGUCCAGGAUAGUGUAUAUAGAACCAACACAAAGGAGAAAUGAACUCUUUAUUGUUUGCUUUGAAAGAGCUGAUAGAAGUGAAAUGUACUUUGAUAUCCUAGUUUUCCACUGUCUCACUCAAACGAAGACGUGAAAGUAACAUAAAACACAGAGAAUGUGGUUGUUGUCUUUCUUCUCUGCCUGUCAAUUUUCUUUUCUUUAGGGAAAAAAGCUGAAGCUUUGUGAUAAAACUCAAGACCUAGCACUGAUAAAACCAUCCAUACAUUGUAAAGGCAUGUCAUAAAUCGAAAUAAAGGAAAUAUGGACACUC